CCCCAGCCAGGCCAGUCUGCCGGCGGCCGUCCUGCAGAGCGGCCCAGCACCUUCGCGUCCGUCCCGAACCAAUCAGUUUCCAGUGCCGUGUCGCGCGCCUCCCCUACCGCGCCAGCACCGAUAGGAGCAGCGCCACGAGGAUUACGAGGGCCAUGGCGGCCACGCGGGCUAGAGGGCCGGCUCGAGGCCCGGCGCGCCUUCCCUGGUACCAGCUGGGGGCGCCGCUCCUGCUCAUCGCCCUCCAUCUCUUCAUGUCAGACGGCCUGGAGGAGGGCGCCAGCGUCAAGAAGGCGCGCGCCUCGGUGCAGGACGACGUGCACCAGGAGCCGGACCAGAGCCUCGACGAGCGGGGCGACCAGCGCGGCCGCGUGCCGCCGGGCUUCCUCAGCCCCUCCGUGCAGGAGUACCUCGAGCUGGGCAAGUCCAUCCCCGGCCGGCCCGGCACGGACUACCCGGUGCUGGGCGUCGUGCCCUACACCAACUUCUACUGCGACGACCAGCCGUACCCGGGCUUCUUCGCCGACAUGGACACGCGCUGCCAGGCGUGGCACUACUGCGACAUCGACGGGCGGCAGGCCACCUUCCUCUGCCCCAACGGCACCCAGUUCUCCCAGGCCGUGUUCGUCUGCGACUGGUGGUUCAACGUGCGCUGCGACCUGUCGCCGCAGCUGUACGCCAUCAACGCGCGCCUGUACGGCACGCCCAAGCUGUCGCCCACGCGGCCGCACCGCGUCAUCAACAAGCAGCUCGUCGACGACAUCUUCGCGUCCUGAGCGGGGUCCCCGUCAAGGACACCGAGGCCGUUUCUAUCCUUUGCAUUGAUUCAAAGACAGUAACUUAUUUUUUUUCGUCCCACCGUCGCGUGGCCCUCGCUGGCCGGUCCCCUCAACUCCUCCUUCCUCUUUAAAUCUCCCGCCACCCAACGGCGCGGUUUCCUGAUUUCGAUUCGCGUUCUCGUCGCGUCCUCCUCUCGGUGCGGUCGGCCGGGCGGGCGCGCGCGCGCGCGGCGACCGAACCAACGUGUUCCUCAUUUCUUCACAGUCCGCGCGGGCCGCGGCCGGGACGGGCGGCCAUAGACCCACCGUUCACUUCCUGAUGGAGCCCCGGGCAGCUCGUCCCGAGGACCCCUAGCCCCAGUCCGGCACGGGGGCGCGGACCCUCACGUGACUGAGGAGGUGCAAGGACCAAGAGAAAGGGUCAUACCCCCCCCCCCCCCCGCUCGAUUCGUGUCGGGAUCUUGAAUAGUGUCAGCGUGUGCGUGGCGUGUCAGUGUGUCUGAAUGUGAGUGUGUGUUUCGGUGUAAGUUGUAGCGUGUCCGCGCGUUUGUGUGAAAGUACAGUUGCGUGCGUGUGUGUGUGUGCGUGCAUGUGUGUGUUAGUGAGUGAGAGUCAGUGUGUCAGUGUGAAAAUGUCAAAUGAGAUGGGGCGCAGUGACCCUCUGCAGGGCACCACCUCCGCAGGAACAAAACAUGUCAAGUACAUCGUAGUAAGCCUUACAGGAGUGCCUAUCCCCUCCACAUUCUUAUUCUGAUGGUGGUAAACAAUUUCAUUUGCUAUUUUCUUUUGUCGUUUUCGCCCUUGAUAGAAUAUAACAAAGGGUCAAAGCGACGAGAGGAAAAAAAAUAAUAGCUGAACCUGACACGUUUUGUCGUUCUGCGAGGGCGCGGCCCGGCAGACAAUGGGCCAUCCUGGGCACCUGCCAAUCCCUGCGCCGCCCAAGCAAGCCGAGCCGCGCGCACAGAGCCGCGGCAUAACCAAAUGAUAAUUACAAUAAAACAAGUAAACAACCUCAAA